CGCAUUUCACAAAUUUAAAAAUGGACUCGUUCCAAACCAAACGACGAUAACGAUGAGGAGGAAACCCAGAGCAAGGAGACACUCGAACAGAACUUAACACUUCUACCUCUGCAAGUAUUUUGUUUUGUUAAAAAACCAAACCAAAGCUCACACAAAGCCCUGAACCCUUGAGGGGCUUCAAACCUCCAGCGAGCACUUUACCCUGCAUCAGGACCAGGAGUGAGUAACCGAGCGCAGAACCUCAGUCAAAACCUCAGUCCAACCCCCCUCCCACAGUUGAGAGGGGGGGAAGAUGGCAGCUCUCGCCAGCUCUCUGAUCAGACAAAAACGGGCGGUGAAGGACGACCAGGCCAACCGACCAAUCGCCAACAAGCGCAGGCCGUGCCCCAAGAGCAACAAGUCGCUGUGCCAGAAACAGAUCCUCGUUCUCAUCUCGAAAGUGCGACUAUGUGGAGGACGAAGAGGGAGAACCGACAAAAGACCAGAGCCUCAGCUAAAAGGGAUUGUCACACGCCUGUACAGUCAGCAUGGCUUUUACCUCCAGAUGCAGCCAGAUGGAACCAUGGACGGCACAAGGGACGAGAGCAGCUCCUUCUCUCAGUUCAACUUGAUUCCUGUGGGUCUGAGGAUCGUGGCCAUUCAGGGGGCGAAGACGGGGCUGUACCUGGGCAUGAACAGUGAAGGCUACCUCUACACCUCUGAGAACUUCAACCCAGAGUGUAAGUUUAAAGAGAGCGUGUUUGAGAACUACUAUGUGACGUACUCGUCCAUGCUGUACCGUCAGAGCCAGUCGGGUCGCUCGUGGUACAUCGGCAUCAACCGCGAUGGCCAGGUCAUGAAGGGCAACCGGGUGAAGAAGACCAAAGGCGCCGCCCACUUCCUUCCCAAAGUCAUCGAAGUUGCCAUGUAUAAGGAACCUGCGCUGCACGAGCUCGAGUCCGAGCAGAGCCCGCCUCGAAAGACAGCAAAGACAUCGGACUCGCCGCAGAACGAACGCAACGGGCGCAAAGAUCCGACGCCUCCUUAUAACACAGGGAGGUCAGAAGGAGAGGGAGGCGGAACUCAAAGAACUCCAACAACUCCAGGAACUCUAUUUCCCAUCAUGCACCAUGGCAGGAAGUUCUCACAUUCUGGGAGGUGUCCUGGUGGGACCUGAGCGAGGAGAACCCCACGCCUUCCUUCCUUCUGAUUCAGCAUGAGCUUCCUCAGCCGCGUCGUUACACUCACACUCGGAUUUCCCAGCAUGCAACAGUCCUGUGGAACAAGAUGGCCGCCAUUUACGCACUCCGACAUUACGAGUCAUCCUCUUAUACCGCUUUAUUAUACUGCG